GACGCGGUCGGAGUGUAUCGUAAACAAGUGUAUUUUGUUUUAGCCAAACGAUGGAUCGGAACAGCCUUUCAGGAACGCUUGUAUCGAGUUUUUGUCGCAUUUGUACAACAAACAACGAUGUAGAUUGGUCCAUUUACGAAACAUUGAAUGAAGAUGAAGCCACGACGAACCUGCAUAUGAUGCUGGUUAAGCUCUACCCAACAGUGUUCAAUGAGUCGCAGGUACUCUGUGAUGAAGCCUUGAAAUGGCCCAUGAAAAUAUGCAAGGAAUGUAAGGCUAAAGUGAUAGAAUCGUACAGAUUCUACGAGCGCUGUACAAAGAGUGCAUGUAGCUUGAGAACGAUAGCUUUGAAAGAACAACCUACUACUGAUACCCUACAAGAGGAGAAAGAUCAUCCAGCAGUGAUCAAAACAGAAUUCAUUGAAUGUGAGGAACCUACUCCGUUCAAAGAAGAAUGUGACGAGGACGAUCACGGUUCAGCUUACAGAAAAUGUUACGGGAGUUCACCUACACAUGAUGUUUUCAGCGACACUGAGGACAGUUUGCCUGCAUCUUCUAGUAGCUAUUCUGCCAACAAAAGUCAGCAAAAACAACGCAUUAAAACUAACGGUGAUUUGAGAGGUGUUCGGAAGUAUAAAGCCAUUCCAGACUCCGACCGGGCGAAAAUCAUAUUUGCAUUCGAGAAAGGCGUACCUACGAUUGAGAUAUCCAAAACGCUACAAAUUAACAGAACUACUGUAAGCGCAGUCAUAAGUAAAUAUCGGAAAACCGGCAUAAUUCAAGCAAAAAAGCGAGGAGGAUCAAAGGGGAAAAAGAUGAGUGAAAUUCAUAUUUCUCGUAUACGAGCUUUGCGCGAGGAAAAUAGCUCCAUAUCACUUAAGAAAAUAAGUCUAAAGUUGCUUGAAGAAUUCGGUAUUGUAGUGUCUAACACGACUAUUGCGAAAGAGGUUGAGAAGGUGAUUAAGAAAGCAGCUAAAGCUAAUGAUGUUUUUAAUUCAGAGGAAUUUAUACAAACAUUCAAUCCAUAGAAAGUAAACCAGGUGUUUUUAAAGGGGGUCAUUAAAAGAGAUUUCGAUCGUUUUGAAAAAUGCUGAAAAAGGAUACAGAAGUUUAUAUGUUUUUAGAGUAAAAGUUGUUAGGUUUACUGUAUAAACCAGGGGUCGGCAUACAUUUCCUGAGCCAGUUGAUUCACUCUGACGUCCGCACAAUUCACUAUGCUUUACGACCGGCGCGUUUGCAUUAGUUCCUCCGUAUCUGGCCGCCCUGUUUGAUCAUUCUUUUUCAAUCUUUGUUAAAAUUUACGUACGAACAGUAACCGCGUGACUACAUUAGGCGUACCAUACCAAAUGCAACCCAGCACUUCUGGGUUGGCUGACGAUGGUGUGCUCGAAAGAGCUCGAUGAAGU